ACGACGAAAUAAUGACAAAUGUCAUUGUGAGCGUCCAUCAUGAAAUAUGACAUGGAUCUGCAUCAAUGUUUAAAAUAAUUCAAUUAAUUCAUUGCUUAGAAAAUACAUUGAAAAAAAUAUCGCUAUAUAUUGAAUAAAAGUGGUUUAUUUUAUUUGUUUAAUAUUAUAUUAUUUUUAUGUCAACUAAUACGACGGUCGUAAUUCUAACCUAAACGUCAGCAACUGCUACUAUCUUUUAAAUUUUGUAUCAUAUUUCCAAAUUGUCGAACAUUUCCAGAUUAUUAUUAAUUUCCUUAAUUAAAAUUCUACUACAAAAUGAAUUUACCACGAAUAUUAAUAAUAAGCACCGAAGAAGGAAAAGCUAAUGAAAUUGCUAUGAAUAUUGGUGGAGAAAAGUUAUCUAACCAAGACCAUUUUGAAUAUCAUUUAUGGAAUAUUCAAAACAAAUAUUACAAAACGCAGGUGUUAAUAUGUGUUACAGAAAAUCCUUCCCAAGAUAUUCCGGUUGAUGAUAUAGAAGCAUUGAUUGUACAUCAUGAUCCACAGGCAGAAAAUGCAGAUCAGAAUUUAAAAAAAUGGACAUCUUUGAUUGCUUCUUUGGCAGAAGCUGAUGUGCUACUGUUUUCUUGUAAUUUUAUAACAGAUACUAUUAUUAGGAACAAAGUGAUAAAGUGGUGUCUACAAAACAAAUUUGAGCUGAUUGAAUUAAAUAGACCUGAUGUAGAUGCUUCAGAAGCUGAUUCAGAAAAUAACAAAUAUGGUAUUGAGAGGAUUAUUGAAGCUUUACACGCUCAUAUGUGGCCAAAUAUGAUACUUAAAGGAAAAUCAUCGAAUGUGGAAGAACAAAUUCCUGAUAUGAAUGAGGUUGAAGAGCAGUUUGAAAACAUUGAGUUAAGUCGAGAUUCUACAGAAACAUUGCCAGUAGAGAACAUGUUAGAUGGAAUUAUGGGUGAAGAAAAUGCAGAUUUUGGAGAAUUAUUUAGUCAAUUGAGAGCUAUGAAAGAACAUGCAGCAAUGUUGCCGACUAAUCAAAGACGAAUAGCAGCUGAACAAUUAGUCACUGCUUUCUGGAAAGCAAUGGGUGGUGAUCCAUCAGAAAUGGAAGAUUAAUUCGUAUAUUAAUCGUGUAAUGCAUACGAAUUCAUAUUGGAACUUUGAUAUUUUUGAUGUAUUAAUUUUUAAGUAAAGAGCAGCAAGAAA